AACUUCCUGGGAUUCACAUGGAUAUUUCUUUGACACGUGUCACCUACCUUAACAUCGCUGCAGACCAAGUACGCCCCUUCAUGGUAAAGGUAUUCCCUGAUGUCAGCGACCAUUUUCAGCAGGAUAAUGAGCCCUACUAUACUGCAAGCAUUGUUCAGGAACCGUUUGAGGAACAUGACAAAGCAUUCAAAGCGUUCCCUUGGGCUCCAAAUUCCCCAGAUCACAAUCUGAUCUAUCUGUGGUUACAUGCUGGACAAAAAAAGUUUGAUCCGUUGAGGCUCCACCUCACAACUUAACAGACUUAAAGGAUCUGCUGCUAAUAUCUUGGUGACAGAUACCACAGCACACCUUCAGCCGUACAGAGGAGUCCAUGCUUCAUCGGGUCAAAGCUGUUUGUCAUCAUAUGUAGGGAUCGACACAAUAUUAGACAGGUGGUUUUAAUGUUAUGGCUGAUCUGUGUACAGUAUAUAUUACAUCUUUUAUAUUCCAUAUUGCCUCCCGUUGUAUAAUGCUGUAGUAUUUUUCCAACUGGGUUCUUGGCUCAAUGUCUCCAAGUUUUCACAUUUGUUCUUUUAACUGAUGCUUGAAUCACAAACCCUGUCUAUCUGCAGCUCUUAAAGUCAACUCAUCAUGUUGACGCUGUCGUGUGACGUCAACCGUCGACACACGGAGCAUCGCAGCCGAGUGUCUAAUCCUAUUUAUGUCUAUCUACUCGCCUUCUGUCUCCUCUACUCUCUCGACACCUGUCGCUCCUCAGAUUAUUAGUAAUUUAGCACAUUAUUUCCUUUCUGUUCAGGACAGGUAGUUUUUAUUCUUCAGCAAAUGUAUUCUUUGACAUUUAACAUGAGUUUUUUUUUCAUGCUGCAGCUAGAAAACCUUGAGGAUUACAAUAUUAAAGCAAAUAAUCUCUUAUGGAAAAGUGCAAAGGGAUUCACAGCAGCUCUGAGACAUGUUGAUUCAUCUUUCUUUCUUACUUGAAAGACAAACAGGAUUAUUAAAAUUAUUCUACUGUUAGGAGGGAACUGCUUCAACUCCAACAUCAUGCAGAAUAUGCAGGUCCCAUCUCAUCUUGCCCUGGCCUUGUCUCCAGGAUUGCGGCGCAAGCAGCUGAUGUGGAAGAAUGCGGUCAAGCACAUCAUCAGCCAGCAUGAGCUAAAGGACCAGUAUGGUGCCGAGCCUGCACGCAAGAUUAACGUCACCGACGUCUACAUUGAGGAAAUAAACCGUCAGAUACGCAGCAAGAUGUCACGUGGUUGCACCAAACGCCGUUCCUCUGUUGUCCGUGUCCAUCCGUCCUUCUUUAGAGAGCAGAACUCUUCCAACAGCUCGCAGACAGGUGUAACUGCUGAGUUUGCCAGUGACGCUGAUUUUUUUGUGCGCUGGGGCCACACAGUUCAUGGAGUCUAUGUCCCGACUCUGAGACACACCUUCAAAUCUCGCGACUUGGAGAAGCUUUACCAGAGGCAUUCCUCACACACCAGACGUACCUCGUUGGUGUUCACAAACAUUAUAGAUGCUGCAGCAAAGCUGCACUUACUGGUCCUGUAUCUGGCUCUUGCCCCAGAUGGAAUAAACCCACUACAUGCCUGGAUUACUAGCUUUUUCAUGGCAUUUGCGGUACUGCUUUGUGUUCUUGUGUUCACCUGCAAGCGUUCCCAUUUCCCAGAGUGGCUGCAUUAUGCCGGCAUGGCUAGCUGGCUGUCACAGACUUCCCAGGUGCUGGUUAGGCUUGGGUACGGGCUAGAGAAUGACCCAUCCUGGUAUGUACUGUUCAACCUGUUUGCCACGUACACACUUCUGCCAUUGCCGCUGCUGUGGGCAAUGGGGGCUGGCUCACUAACAUCAACACUCCACCUAAUUGUGGAGACCGUACAGCACUUUGAUGAAGUUGGACUGCUGAGAAAGAUUCUUGCAAAGGCCUUGCUAUAUAUGAGUAUGAACACAGCUGGGCUAUUCAUCCAUUAUCUGAUAGACCGGGCUCAAAGACAAGCCUUCCUCGAGACUAGGCGCUGCAUCGAAGGUCACAUGAAGCUGGAGAUGGAAAACAAAAGACAGGAGCGUUUGGUGUUGUCUAUACUUCCUCGCUUUGUUGCCUUGGAAAUGAUUGCUGAUAUGAACUCUGUGGAUGAUGAACUCCUGCCUCAGCAGUUUCAUAAGGUCUACAUCCAUCAGUACACUGACGUCAGCAUCCUCUUUGCUGAUAUAAAGGGAUUUACCUCGUUGUCCAUGACGAUGUCUGCACAGGAGUUGGUGCGCACCCUGAAUGAACUCUUUUGCCGUUUUGAUCGUCUGGCUGAGGAACACCACUGCAUGAGGAUAAAGAUCCUUGGUGACUGUUACUACUGCGUGUCUGGAGUCCCAGAACCACAGAGAGCUCAUGCUCAGUGCUGUGUAGAAAUGGGUCUGGCUAUGAUCAUCACCAUACGAAAUGUGCGAAAGCAGCUCAACCAUGACAUGGACAUGCGUAUCGGGAUCCAUUCUGGCUCGGUUCUGUGUGGGGUUCUGGGCCUGCAGAAGUGGCAGUUUGAUGUGUGGUCCUGGGAUGUUGGCAUAGCCAACAUGCUAGAAGCAGGUGGUAUCCCUGGCCGUAUCCACAUCUCGCGCGCCACGCUGGACUGCCUGGGUGGGAGCUAUGAAACUGAGGAUGGUUGUGGUUAUGAACGCAGCGAGUUUCUGCGGAAACACAACAUCGACACUUUCCUCAUCUGCCCCAGGGAAGAGGAAAAUUCUGUAGAGGCGGAGCCUUCCAAAAUAUGCAUGACCAAAUGCAUGACCAUGAUUCGCACCUCAAACACAGACAAUAUAUUUCGCAGCAUUAACAAUAUGAGCAGUAUCUUGGCAUCAUUCACAAAUGGCUCUCUGGUGCAGCUGCCCAAUUCGAGAAAGAAAUAUUCCAGUGACAAAGAGAUUAAUAAACGGAUAGAGCAUGCCAUUGAACUGCGCAGCAGCGAGCGUAUGCAGCAGGAGCACAUCAGUCCAUCCACACUGGUGUUCAAGGAUGCACACAUUGAGAAGAAGUUCUCGCAGAUGAGAGAUGAAACUUUUAAGUCUAACCUGGUCUGUUCCUUCAUCAUGCUGCUCUUCCUCAUGGGAGUCCAGGCCCUUAUCCCUGCACCCAGGCCAUAUUCCAUCGCUGUUCAGUUCUGUGUUGUGCUGCUUGGAUAUCUUGUGUUGCUAGUGAUGGCUCUGGCAGAGGAGUUCAAAUAUUUCCCGACUGUACUUCAACGAUUUUGUUGCUGGAUUCACGAGAACAACUUUAUGCGUUCUCUGCUCACCGUCACUGCCAUAGCCUUGAAUUUCGGCAUGGCUUCUGCUAACAUGGUUUGGUGUUACUUCAUGCAUGAAGAUGUGGAAAGCACUGCUGAGACCAACCAAAGACCUUUAACUGUCUGCACUCAUCCUGAGUUUUUUGUACUGAGUGGUGUUGUUUCCAUGGUUACCUGUGCAGUGUUUAUAAGACUCAGCUCCCUUUUAAAGCUCACCGUCCUGUUACUGGUAGCGACUGCCUAUACUUACUUUGUUGAAGUGGCCUUUCAUACACUUUACAUCAAUCAACAAGAGCAGGAGCAACUCUCCAGAUCUCACUACCUGAGAAGAAAAGGCAUCUCAAUUCUGUUAAUAGCGAUGUUUGUGUUCGCCGUGUUCUACAACGGGCGGCAGUGGGAGGCUACAGCCAGACUGGACUUCCUGUGGCGUCUGCAGGCCCAACAGGAAGUGGAGGACAUGCGAGAGCUGAGAGAGCAGAAUGAGUGUCUGCUCCACAACAUCCUUCCUGCCCAUGUUGCUCGCCAUUUUCUGGACAGGAACAAGAAUGAUGAUGAGCUGUACGCGCAGUCAUACGACGAGGUAGGCGUGAUGUUCGCCACCAUUGCCGGCUUUAACGAGUACUACGAGCAGAAAGAGAUUCGACACGAGGGUGUGGAGUGUCUCAGGCUCCUCAACGAGAUCAUUGCUGACUUUGAUGAGCUGUUAGAAGAAACGUACUUUUUGGAUAUUGAGAAAAUCAAAACCAUCGGGAGCUGCUACAUGGCAGCAUCUGGCUUAUCACCUAAUAAACAGACCAGAUGUAACAGCGACUGGCAUCACCUGAGCGAACUGGUUCUUUUUGCUCUGGCAAUGCAAGAGUCCCUGAGGGUGAUCAACAGACAUCCGUCCAACAACUUCCAGCUACGUGUCGGAAUCGCACAUGGACCCGUCGUGGCCGGGGUGAUCGGCGCUGCUAAACCCCAGUACGAUAUCUGGGGGAUGACGGUAAACCUGGCAAGCCGCAUGGACAGUGCAGGCAUCAGUGGGAGGAUCCAAGUCCCUGAGCCCACAAAGAAGAUUCUCUCUGACUGGGGAUUUGUUCUGGAGCUGCGUGGAGAGAUCUUCAUUAAGGGCGUUAGUGAGCACCAGGGACGCUUACGCACCUACUUUAUCAACAAUAGCAGGGUGCAUCGGACCGCAAAUGUAUCCAGCAAAGGGACAAAGACAGCCAGACGAGACGUAGGGAGGAACACGCUAGCUUCUGUAGUGUUUAGUCUCCUCCGGGCCAUCCAGAAAGAAAAGCAAAGCGGAACUGCUGGACGAUUCUCACUGUCUACCCACAACAUGCAGUGUUAGCAUGAAAUAAGAUAACUGACCUGAUCUGUGAAAUGAGCUCGACUUGUUACCUUCACCCUUCAAGAGAAAUUCCUCAGUUCUGCAUAGUUAUAAACAACAAUAAAAAAAAUCCCCAUUCAUUUGAUUCCAUCACAUUUGAACAAAUUUUUACACGCCACAUUAAAGGUGACAAGACACCACUUAUCAUAUAAUUUAUGCUGAAUGUGUUAAUAAUUAGAUGUAACGACAGGGUAAGAUUUCCUUUUAAGUACCAUAAGGACCAAUUUAAUUCAAAUGAAGUAAAGCGGUUAUGUACACUGUACUUAGGGUUGCCACCCGUCCCGUGAAAUACGGAAUCCUCCCGUAUUUUACAUAGGUCUACAUUAUACAGCAUCCCAUGCAAAUCACCCCACCCGCAUUGUGUGGAGAAACGUCCUAUUCUGCCCCUGAUUGGGUAAUAC